AUGGAAAAUAAUUCCGAUUCUUUCGAAGAACAAAAAGUACUGGGUGAUACUAAUAAUCAAGUAAUAAAAAGCAGAAAAAAUUCAUUGAGACUCAAAUUGGUUCGUGUGUUUAGUUCUUCAGCUCUAAAGAGUCCAAAAAAUCCGUUAAGUGUCACGAGUUCACAGUCUUCGACUCCUAGUUGCGAUAGUCCACGUAUAAAAGCGAGAUUUUCGUGGCAUUUGCCUUUGUGUAAAGAGUAUCCUACGUUACGUGCACUAAAAAAUGUUACCUCCCCGGAUUCAACAAUAAGUAGUAAUUCUACAAAUUCGCCAACUAGUUCGUCCUCGCCUCAUUCAGCAUGGUAUAUCAGCGAAAGGUAAGUUUCUAUAUAAAUUUACGGAUGUAAAUAAUACUAAACACAAUCGAACUAAUUUAAAUCUUGAUAUUAAAUAUAGAUCCUCAGCGUGA